AAGACUUCAAGAAACCAUCACCGGAGAUUCUAACGGCGGCUUAUUACCGGCGGCUACUGCAAAAAGAUUGUUGUCUUCAUAAGGGUACAUUACGUACCUUGGAAUUAUAACAUCUUUUUGCGGUAGCUAAAAGUUAAGCUCGAUUCGUUAAUCUAUAUUAUAUAUAUCAGAAAUAUCCAAUAUCUAUAUAAUAAAAAUGGCCUCCCGUUCACUCUCUGGUGCCGUUAAAUCUCUUUGCUCUGCCGCAUCCGGCAAUCUUUCUGGUUCCAUUGUCUUAAGGAGGAACGUUGCGACAGCACCAGGAUUCAGUAAGGCAGGUUCUACCAGAGUUACGGUGGGGAAGCUCGAACAAAGAGCAAAUCAAGAAGCAGAGUCUGCGUGGGCCCCAGAUCCAGUCACGGGAUACUAUAGACCUUCUAAUCGGACGGAUGAGAUUGAUCCAGCGGAGCUCAGGGAGAUGCUUCUGAAAAACAAAGCCAAGUCUUUCUGAUAACGAUGUUGACUUUUGAUUGGUUGAUUCCACGGUAGGCUGUCGUAGGCGAUUUUUAUGAUUCCGUUUGUUAUGUUUGGCUUUAUAUAUCUGUUUGAGAUUAAAGUUUUUUUGUAACAAUGUUUGAGAUUAAAGUUAAAAAUAAAAGUUUAUAAAUCAGUUAAAAAUA